AUGAGUAAAUUACCGACAGUCAAAGCUUCCAAGGUAGAUGAUUAUUUUGAGAUAGUUCCUGCUCCACAUACAGAUUCUAGUGAUUCUUCAUCAGACGACUCAGAUGAAGAUGACAUUAAUUCAAAAGCAGAGAUAUUGGCUUGUGCAAAGAAGAUGCUGACGAAAAAGCAGAGGGAACAGAUUCUUGAUGAUGCGUACAACAAAUAUAUGUUCCAUGAUGAGGGAUUACCCAAGUGGUUUGUGGAUGAGGAAAAGAGGCAUUAUCAGCCAAUCAAGCCAGUGACAAAAGAGGAGAUUGCUACAAUAAGAGCACAAUUCAAAGAAAUUGAUGCUCGGCCUGCUAAGAAGGUGGCACAAGCCAAAGCUAGAAAGAAACGAUCUUCCCAUAGGCAACUAGAAAAGGUACUCAAGAAGGCGAACUCUAAAUCGGACCAGAUAGAAAUAUCUGAUCGUUCGAAGAUGAAAAUGAUUGAACAGCUUUAUAAGAAGGCAACACCUAAAAAACCUAAGAAGGAAUAUGUGGUAGCAAAGAAGGGUGUCCAAGUCAAGGCUGGCAAAGGGAAAGUUCUUGUUGAUCGACGAAUGAAAAAGGAUGCUAGGAAGCAGGGAAUGAGCAAGUGGGUUAAAGAAACAAAGGGAAAGCAGAAAGGUAAAGGAUCGGCAUAG